AUGCCUCAGCUUCUGGACAGCAUCUCCACCAUCAUCAGCGUCUUCUACAAACAUGGGAAGAAAGACGAGGACAGCUCCACCAUCAGCAAGAGAGAGGUGAAAAGGUUCAUCCAGAGGGAGUUUGCCGACAUCACAGUGAACCCCUUCGAUGUGCACACCAUAGAGGCAGUACUGCAACUUCUGGAUCAUGAUGGCGAUGCAGUUAUAGAUUUCAAUGAAUUCCUGCUUCUGAUAUUUAGAGUGGUGAAGGUUUGUUACUGGCACCUGCAGCCAAAACGAUGUCUCCCGCAAAGAACAGAGACGGGACUGAGUGGGGAGCGGUGUCAGGAGCCUGAAGCGAACCUGAACCGCGAGGGGAUGAAAGCCAGCGCUAUGAAACACGUGAGCCUGAACCUUGGGAGGAAGAAAGACGCCACCCUCAGCCACGUGAGCCUGAACCACGAGAGAAUGAGAGGAGUCGCCGUGAGCCAUUUGAGUAUGGACCUGAGCCAUUUGAGCAGUCAUGGGAACCUGAGCCACGAGGGGAUGAGAGGACCCACUAUGAGAGACGUGAUCUUGAAACAAGGGAGGUAG